AUGGCGAGCUGGUGGACGUCUGCAGACGUUCUGGACAGUCUGGACCUGGAGCAGAACUCCAUCGUGACUCGAGUCAUUCAGGCUGUCGGGCUGUUUGGAGAUAUUCUGUCAUUUGAGGACACCAUGGAGCCGAUGCUGAACCAGGAGGAAGGCGAAGGAAAUGCGGAGAAGAUAGAAGGAGAAAAAGAAAGAACUAGAGAGGGAGAAGAUAAGAAAGAAACAAAGAUAUCUGAGAAUGACAAAGAAAAAGAAGAAAAAGGUCAAGAAAAUGUAGAAGAGAAAGAAAGAACAGAUGUGAAAGAAGAAGACGAGGUGGAAGGAAAAGGAGUUCAGGAAGCAGGUGAUGAAGAAGAAGGAGAAGAGAAAGAAACAAAGGCAGAAGAAGAAGAACAAGAAAAAACAGAUGAGAAUAUAGGAGGAGAAAAAGAAAGAACUAGCAAGGAAGAAGAAGAGAAAGAUACAAGGAUAUCUGUGCCUGACAAAGAGGAAGGUGAAGAAAACGUAGGAACAGAGGUGAAAGAAGAAUACGGGGUGGAAGGAAAAGACAAAGCAGUGACUCAGGGAGAAGAAGAAAGGAGAAUGGUCAAAGGCGAGGAGAAAGAGACAGAAAGACAAAGUGAAGAAGAAAAGGAGGUAAAUCAGGAAGACGACGGAGCAGAAAAAGAGCUGAGAAGUGAGGAUGGAGGAGCUGAGAAAGAGAGGGAUGAAGGAGAAGGAGGAGGAGAACAGGAGGAGGAGGAUGAAGGAAAGAAACAAGAAAAAGAAACAGAGGAGAAAGAAGGAACCGAGGAGCUGAAGUCUCCUGAGGAAGAAAAAGAUGGAAAAGAAGAGUGUGAGGAGAAAGAUAAAGUUACAGCAGAAGAAGAGGAGAAGAACGAAGGAAUAGAAGAAGAUGAAGACAGAAAGCAACCAGACGGGGAAAUGAAGAAAGAAGAGAUGGAAGAAAAAGAGGAGGUGAAGUCUCACCAGGAUGAAGAAAAAGAAGAAUGUGAGGAUAAGAGAGCAGAGAAAGAAGAAGAAGAAGAAAUAAAGGAAAAGAUGGACAGGAGGAAGAAAAGGAGGAAAUUAAAGGAAUAGAUGAACUUAAGUCUGAUGAGGAUGAAGAAGAACAUGAGAAAGGAGAGGUGGAAGAACUAAAAGAAAAUGAGGCGCUUAAGACUGAUGAAGAAAAGAAAGAGAAGGACAGAGUAGAGAAAGAAAAAGAUGAAGAAGACAGAGAGAGAGGAGAAAGA